CAUGACAUCAGCGCGGCGCGGCCCCGGGGGAGCGGGCGGGGGGUGGGAGCCGGCGCGGCGGCAGCGGAGCGGAGCGCGGCCCCGGGCAUGCUCCCGGAGCCCAAGUAUGACCGCUUCCGCGACGAGCCGCUGACCGCCCCCAUGCCGUCGCCGGCCCCCGCGCCGUGCCCCGCGGCGGGCGAGGAGCCCGAGCACGGCACCACCUUCUGCGCGCUGCUGCCGCGGAUGCCGCAGUGGAAGUUCCCCGGCUCCAGCGGCUUCCUCGGCCGCGGCCCCGCCGGCACCGCCCGGGACGCCCCCGCCGCGGCGGAGUUCCCCUCGGGGCUGGCCGCCGUCCUGGGCGCCUGCGAGCCGCUGUGCGCCGCGCCCUGCGCGCUGCCGGGCGGGCGGGCGCGGGGGGCGGCGGGGCGGGCGCGGGGGGCGGCGGCGCCCGCGGGGCCCCGGCCCGGCGGGGACGAGUGGAGCCGUAAGGGCAGCUUCAUCCGCAAACCGGCGCAGGGCUGGCUGCACCCCGACGAGCGGGUGCUGGGGCCCGGCGUUUCCUACAUUGUCCGGUACAUGGGGUGCAUUGAGGUGCUGCGCUCCAUGAGGUCCCUCGACUUCAACACCAGGACACAGGUCACCAGGGAAGCCAUCAACAGACUAUACGAGGCAGUGCCGGGUGUGAAGGGCAUCUGGAAGAAGAAGGCUCCCAACAAAGCCCUGUUCUCCAUCCUGGGCAAGAGCAACCUGCACUUCGCUGGCAUGAGCAUCGCUGUCAACAUCUCGGUUGAUGGGCUGAACCUCAUGAUCCCCACCACACGCCAGAUCAUCGCCAACCACCACAUGCAGUCCAUCUCCUUCGCCUCCGGUGGGGACAUGGACACCACGGAUUAUGUUGCCUAUGUCGCCAAGGACCCCAUCAACCAGAGAGCCUGCCACAUCCUGGAGUGCUGCGAGGGGCUGGCGCAGAGCGUCAUCAGCACGGUGGGACAGGCCUUUGAGCUGCGCUUCAAGCAGUACCUACACAGCCCCCCCAAGGUGGUGGUACCCCCAGAGAGGGCACUGGCUGCAGAGGAGUCAGCCUGGGGGGAGGAUGAGGAGGCGGCUGAGCACGAUUACUACAACAGCAUCCCAGGGAAGGAGCCUCCCCCAGGGGGCCUGGUCGACUCCCGGCUCCGCCACAGCACAGCCCUGGGCCACGUCCGCACUCAGCCCUCCAGCUCUGUCCCCCCAGGCCAGGGCGGGUUAGCAGCCAGACGAGACCCGAGCAGCCAGCUGGGGCCACCCUGGGACCUGGAGAGCCAGGGCCAGCCCUGCGACGGGUACCUGCAGGCAGACAGCCACGCCCUGGGGCCACGGGACUACGAGGAGCACAUGUACGUGAACACGCAGAGCUUGGAUGCCUGGGAGCCGGAGCUGGUGGCUCAUGGGGCAGCGGAGGAGAGCCCCAAGAAGGACCUCUUUGAUAUGAGGCCAUUUGAGGAUGCCCUGAAGCUCCACGAGUGCAUUGCAGGGGGUGGCACCAGCCCCCCCAUUGAGGACCAGUGGCCGAGCCCCCCCACGCGGAAGGCCCCGAUCGCCCCCACGGAGGAGCAGCUCCGGCGGGAGCCCUGGUACCACGGGAAGAUGAGCCGCUGGGAUGCUGAGAGGCUCCUGCAGAUGGACGGGGACUUCCUGGUGCGGGACAGCCUCACCAACCCGGGGCAGUACGUGCUGACCGGCAUGCACAGCGGGCAGCCCAAGCACCUGCUGCUGGUGGAUCCCGAGGGAGUGGUGAGGACCAAGGAUGUGCUGUUUGAGAGCAUCAGCCACCUCAUCAGCCACCACCGGGAGAAUGCGCAGCCCAUCGUGGCAGCAGAGAGCGAGCUGCACCUCCGCCAGGUUGUACAGAGGAAGCAGUGAUGCCAAGGGGAGAGGUCUUGUGGUCCCUGGCCCUGCAGGUCCUCCCUGGCUGCUGCCUACCUCCAUCAUCUGCAUGGGGCACCCUGCCCAGCUGGACACAAAGAUGUUUAAUUCCACACGUACAGGUGAAAUGCUGUUGGGGUGGGAACUGCUUGGUGGCCUCAGCAGGAGGGAUGGAGCCUGAAGCCUCAGGCAGGGCUGCCCUCACUUGCCCCAGCACUGGAGUGGGGGCUGGUGGACAUUGCUGUAGCUCCUGGCUUGGCUCUGCCUAUGGGGACAGGCAUGACCAUCUCUUGGACGCUGGUGCUGUUGGAUGUUCCUGCUGGGGACAUCCCUUUUCAGCUGGAUUCUCCCCAGGAAUGGUUGCCACAUGAUGCUCCCUGUGGCCCCAAGCCCCUGCAGCCUUCCCCAGGCCAUGGCCAGGAUGGAGCUACUGUGGGAAGGUGCAGGGCAGGGCUGAGCUGCUGGCACUGUCUCACGAGGUGUCCCAUGGCCCGUGGGGGCUCCCUGGCCAGCUCAGGGCUUUGGCAGGUUUUUAUGGCACACACAGCCCCCUUUACCUGCCCUGUGUCUGCUGCUGGGCACAGGUUUGUGGUUUGGAAUACAUUUCUAAUUCAACCUGGAAAUGAGCAAGGAACACAGGUGGUUCAUGCCACCCCUGGGCAUGGUGCUGGGACAGGUCUCCGUCACUGCCUGUUCCUGCCUGGUCUCACCUUGGCCAACCCAUCCUGUCCAGUCACACUUGUCUCUGCCCCUCUCUCCCCCAUGGAUCCCCCAUGGAUCACCCAGUGUCCCCCUGGCUUCAGAGUGGCCUUUGGCACCCAGGGCUGGCCCUGCACAGCCUCUCUUCCUCACACCUGGCAGCUCCCUGUCCUGCUGGCUGCUGCCAGCUCCCCUCUUGCCUCCUCCUGGAGCAGCACAUGGCCACCCACUCCUGAACCUCCUGGAGUGCCUCUGAGUGGCACAAGCCAAGCUGUGACCCACUAGUGAAUGUGGCAGCCAGCAUAACCAGAGCCGUGGGUGGGCCUGGCUGUGCUUCCUGUGUUACAGGUGGGCAGCAGCCAGCUGGGGGGGUCCAGCAGCAGUCCUGGCUGCUGGUGGCCUGUCCUGGCUCUGCUCCGUGUGCCCAGUGCUGCUCCCAGCACCCACCUCGGGCAGCAGGGUCACCCCAGCACCCUCAGCCCCUUGCUGGGGAUGGCCAGCAUCCAGGCUGGCCAGUGCCGGCUGAGCCAAUGAAUUAAAUAAGCCCCUAAAUAAAGCCCAGUAAUGAA